AUGUUGAAGAUAUGGUCUAUGAAGCAGAAGCAGCAGCAGGCUGAGAAUGCAGAGGGGGCAGCAGGGAAGAAGAAGAAGAAGGUCACCGCGGCUCAGCUUCGUGUGCAGAGAGACCUGCAGGAACUCUCCCUCGGAAGUACAAUGAAAAUAUCCUUCCCGAAUCCCGAUGACAUCCUCAAUUUCACCCUCACGAUCGAACCGGAUGAAGGCAUGUACAAAGGAGGUGCAUUCCAUUUCAACUUCGUCAUCAACCAGAACUUCCCCCAUGAUCCGCCCAAGGUCAAGUGCACGCAGAAGAUCUACCAUCCGAAUAUCGAUCUCGAGGGGAAUGUGUGUCUCAAUAUCCUCCGCGAGGACUGGAAGCCGGUUUUGAAUUUGAAUGCUGUUAUUGUUGGGCUGCAGUUCCUCUUCCUCGAACCCAACGCCUCGGACCCCCUGAACAAAGAAGCCGCGGAAGAUCUACGGGCCAACCGCGAAGCCUUCAAACGUAACGUCCGUAUAUCCAUGUCAGGCGGAUCUGUCAAAGGAAUUCAAUAUGAGCGUGUCAUGCGAUAG